GGAGUUCUCUCGCGCACUUGGCUGAGCCUAUGAAUGCUGUAGAGUUUGAGGAUGAGAUCUAUAUAGCUGAUCGUGGCAAUAACAGAGUGGUGGCAUGGCCAUCUGAUGGCAGUGGCACGAUGGGUCGCUUGGUCUCGGGUUCAAAUCCCGGCAGCGGAAUGUGUGACCUGUAUGCUCCAGCGAGUUGUGAGAUCGACAGAACCCGUAAAAUCCUCUAUGUCGCCGAUACGGGUAAUCAGCGUGUCAUGGCUUAUGAAAUAUCCGCCUCCAAGGCUGGACGAGGACCUCUCGAGGGUACAGUAGUGUGUGGUGGACAUGGACGUGGGACCUCCCUAUCCCAGCUAGAGUGCCCCAUAGACCUAGCCUUGGAUGGGGAUGGCAUCUAUGUAUGCGACUAUGGCAACCACAGAGUCCUUAGGUGGGAGCUCUCAUCAGAUGGUCUAUCGGCCGCUUCUGAGGCCGGACAACUCGUCGCUG